AAGAAAAUAAAGAGCUUUGAACAAAAAGGAAAAUUCACUCGCACAGUCGCAGCUGAACCCUGCAUAUACCCUUGCCUUUGCCCCCCUUUUCUCUCUCUCUUCCGAGAGAAGCCAAACUCACAUAUUCCCCCAAAUUCAUCAAUGGCGGACGUCAAUAAUUGCCCCGAACCCACAUUGCCCACCAAGCGUAUCCCCGAUCCAACCACCGAUAACUCCGCCAUUGAUGCCAAAAGGCAGAAACUCGAAAUCCCAGAUAACAAUGGCAAAGAUACUCUCGAAUCUCUUGAACCAACCCCAGAAAACGACGUCGUACAGAAAGGAAAGAGUAUCGAAGAACAACUGGACCCAGUAGCAGAAGAAGUUGAAGAAGAAAAGGGUUCUAAUGGUAGCAAAGCUGAAAUUGACAGGAAAGGGAAGGGUAUUCUUAUUGAAGAAGACGAAGAAGAAGAUGAAGAUGAUUCCGAUGAUGAUUCUGAUGAUUCAGGUUCCGAUGAAUUUGGUGAUGAAUUAUCUGAUGGUAGUGAUAUUGCUGAAGAUCCCUUGGCUGAGGUUGAUCUUGAUAAUAUUCUUCCGUCUCGAACUCGCCGGAAAAUCAUUAAUCCUGGUGCUUACCUUGCUACUGAUCUUCCUCCUGAGAAUUCUGAUGACAGUGAUGACCCUGAUGCUUAGAAUUUUUUUUAUCGAGGGAAUUCCGCUCCUAGGAUUUUUUGCUUUGAGUUUAAUGGUGAUUGAUGUAAUAUAUGGUAAUGGACUGAACAAGAUGUUUCAGAACAUAAGUCCUUUUGUCCGAACACGGUAGUAUCUCUGAAACUAUUGUGUUUAAAAGUCCAGAAUGCGGGUUGUGGGUAUGUUCACCUAAAUCUUAGUAUAUAACUUGCAAACAUAGUACUGGUAUGCAGUGCGUAUCUCGCAGGAAAAGUUUAUUAUAUAACAUAUGACUUGUAUGCAGAGACUCAUGAAAUCAUACUUAUAGAGAAAUACACUACAAACAUGGUCAUUGCUGGAGUUGUGAAGAAUAAUACAAUACAAACAUGGUCAUUGCUGAAUUUAUGAAGAAUAGUUCAUGUAUGUUGGUGAAGUUGCAGUAUUACUGAGUAUUACCUUUGGCAUGGGAAUUAUCUUGUAAAAUUUGUAUGCAAUCUCAAUUACACUCCAUCACUUAUUACCAUGAAAAAUUUGGCCGUAAAAGAAAGUCUAAGAAUGUACGGUACAAAAAGACUUGUAAGCAAAGAAUGAAACGAGAAUGGGAAAAUAAAGUCUGCUAGAUUUAAAAAAAAAAAAAAA